GGCGAUACCGUUCACAGCACAGCCAACGAGCGGCCAGACAACAGCACAUCCGAGCGCAAGCAAAGCAAAGCAAAACAAGAAAAAGCACCGCGACUGAGGCACGCGUCUGAGGGAGUCCCCCCAGAGAGACGAUACGUCAUACGUUAAAAAUUUGGCAGCAACAACAAUUGGAUACACACACACACACACGCACGCACACACAGGGGCAUAGACAACUAGAUGAAGCAACAAGCAGUCAAGUCUAUUAAGAGCCCAUCAACUAAGAUAUACGGCAUAGUGACUAAAUCGUAACGAAAACUCGGCGAUCGGAGGUUUUUUUUUGUGUCGCGAUUUUGGCAGUGGAAAGAUUCUGAUUCACACACACACACACACACACAAAAGCACACCAUGGGCGUGAGAGUAAUUGAGGCAGAUUCGGCGAGCGAUUCGUAUGACGAUGAUGAAUGCUCGGCAUGUCAAACAAGCCACAAAAACAAAACAAGUAAUGCGAAGCGCAGCACCACGGAGCCAAGCAAUAUGCAUUAUGGCAGCAAGGAUCUGGUUGGCAAUUGCAAGGAGUAUCGCAUCGAGAACAAUGCCCGAGAUCUGCGCAUCAUUGGUAAUGGGAAUCGUGUGCGCAUCGUCAACAACACGGGUAGUCUGCAGAUCAUUGGCAACUCGACCCGGCUAAAGAUACAGCAGAACAGCGGCCACAUCAAGUACACGGGCAACGAUGGGCGAAUUUAUCUGGGCUGCGACUCCAAGCAGCAGAAUGUCGACUAUAUCGGCUGCAAUGGACUGCUCAAGGUGGUCAAAUCGCUGCAGCUGCAGGGCAGCAAGCGUAGCCGGUCACAGCAGCUACCAAAGGGUCCGGCUGCAACAAACAAGGCUAAUUCUUGUCCAGGCGUCGAAAUUGACAACAAUCUGACCAUUGUCAAUGGCAUCGCCGGCAAUAUUGUGAUUAAGAAUGCGAUAAAUGUGAGCAUAUGAGCUCUUUUUCUUAGCUCUUUAUCUCAAGUCCAAAGUUUAAGCUUAUUAACUUGCCUGCUAGACUUACAUAUGGCCAGUUUUGAAUGGUUCCUAUUGUUAUAUAUAUAUAUAUAAGAUAGUCAUUAGCAUUAGCUAAGCUUUCUGACUGCUCAACAUGAUUGUCAUCCAGGCACUGAAAAGUAUUAACCAUCAACUUAUAAUCACAAUAUCAUCAUA